GCCUGCUUUAUGCCCACCCACACAUGGUCCCCAGGUCUCCUGUUGUGAGUGCAGCUUCAGAGGAAGAGAGUCAUGGAGAAGCCAGUUCCUCCCAGACACCAUCCAAUCAAUUCGAUGAGACCCUACUGAUCCUCACUGUCAGACGAGAAAUUAAGAGAGCCAGAGGAGCACCCCGUGAGGCCUGGAGCAGUCCAAUUUUGGCAAAGCACGUGACAAAAAAACUUAUUAGAUCCCACUCAGUCACUCCUUUGCACCUGGAGGCUGCAGGCACACACAUCAAUAGGCAUGUGAGACUUCAGAACCAGCCCUCCUGCAAUUCCAGGGGAGAUUCUGCCCCACUUGGUCCCGCUGCGAGGCCUUCCACCGCCAUCGGCCUCUGCAGGAAAAGCCAGACCCCUUUGGCCUCGUCGGAGGUCCCCCGGAGUUCCUCGCAGCCAGAGCGGGAGGACAGGAAGGCAGCCCCAGUAGGCGCUCAGGCGGACCCCCAUCGCCAAAGCCGGCCCCGGGGCGCGCCCCUAAGUCCGGCUGGAGGAGGCGCAGUUGCCAUGGCACCGGAGAUGCUCCCCAAGCAUCCUCAUCCCCCGGGGAAAAGGGGGCCCAGGGUGGACGCCUCCCUCCACGGCAAUCUGGCAGGAGCGUCCCUUCCUCUGCUCGCCGGUGCUCCCACCCAUCUCCCCUCAAAGAGGUUAAUCAAGGUUUGCUCUUCUCCCCCCGCCCGCCCACGCCAGCGUUUCCAUACGGUUUGUUCACAGGCCCCUCCUAGGCCGGGGGUGAAUGCUCACUUACAUGGACCGCUGUGA